AAGUUUGUGUUUUUUCUUGGCAUUAUAAAAGAACAAGUGUUCAGCGAUCUGGAAUGCUGCCUGCCUGGAAGCAACAGCAAUGAAGUAAAAAUAUCUUUUUUCAUGAAUGGCAAUUUUAUUUUUUUUUAUUAUUAUUAUUUUUGUGUGUGGUUGCAGAAUAUAUGUCUGAUGUCAUCCAAACAGAUGCUCUGAGCGUGGCUGUAGGCCCUGAGCUAAUUUUCUGUUAAACAGUUCUUUUAGUGGAAUUCAGCUUGGGUUUCACAUUUCUGUAGUUUGGACCUGUACUUUGCCUCUCAAUGUUUGGCAAAAACAGUCUAUUCUUCAGUGACGGUUGAUCAGCAAAAUUGGUGUGCAUAAAUAAAGUGGGGAAAGUUACAUGUCAUUACUUAAUUGAAAAACCAACCACCAAACCUUCGGGAAGAGAUGAGGGUGCAAGAGGCCUGUGAGGCAGCACUGCUGUUCUGCCUCUCUCUUGACAUCUGAAGUAGAAAAACUAUUCCUUGAGCAUGGGAAUCAAUUUUAUAUUUAAAUUUAAUCGAACCAAGAGACAGAUGAUACUUCUUAACCACAAACAUGUAGGCGCAGUGGUGUGGUGAAGUGAGACAGUGUAGGAAGCUAUUGACAGGAUUUCAUCCUGACUCAGCUAAAGGAGUUGCCCACAGAAAGCUGCUCCCGGUGGCACUGCCGGUACAAAAAUCUGUUCUGAUGGGAUGAUGCACAGCAUUUUUUGCCUAGCCAACAUAUCAAGAUGCAUGGCUCUCCAAGUCCCUAUUAGCUUACUAAAUAUUUAAAAUAGUCUAAAUGUUAAAAUCCACGUGUGCAACUUUGACAGUUCUUGCACCCAAAUAUGCAAAUUUAUUUUUUCCCAUUAAGUAAUCAUUACUAAAUAAGAUUAAAAGACACUAACUUGAAAUGUUAUUCAAAACUAAUAAGGUACAAUGGGCUAACUGAGGAAGUACUCUAUAAUUUAUUUAGAUUGAGUGGUGAGUCUAAUUUUACUCAUACAUGCAAUACAUUUAGACUGUGCUUUUUAUUUCUGAAAGUUAUGUGCAAGUUGUAACUGUUAAGCUAAGUAGUGAAGAGGGAGCCUAAGUUCUGUAUCCAUAUCUGUAUCUCAAGUGCUUUUUACUAAGGGUACAUUUAACAAGUGUUCAGGGAAAGUUAAUACAGGACAGAUAGAAGAGUGUUACAGACAUGAAUCUGACAUGAAAACAGUUUUACUUGUGAUUGGAUUACAUUUGUAAUCAAUGCCUGUUCACGUGGAAAUCUUCCAAAGUAAAAUCAGACACUUAGUUGCUUUUCUUAUUGCUGUCUGUCUGUGUAUAUGUCUUUCUUCAGCAAAGAAAUUAGACUAAUUAGUAGCUCAAAUUUCACAGCUACCCCAGUUUUCUUGACCAGGUUUUCUGGUCAGUAGGUGGAGGGGAAAAAAAAAAAAAAAAAAAAAAAAAAAAAGCAUUUACAAGAGGUUACCCUUUUUCUACUGUAAUUGUAUAGCAAAUUGUGGUAAGAACAUUCCAGCUUUUUUAUUUUUUAAAUGUUAAAAUUUAAGGCAUGGAUUGUCUUUUAAAUACAUUAUUUUUGAGUGCCAAGCAUGACACUUAGCUGUCAAAGAAACUGAAGUGAUACAGCACAAGGCCACAUGCAUUCUUCAGUUCUAGUUUAGGAGCUGAUUUCACUUAAAGGCUGAUCAGCCAGCCCAGUACAACAGUAUUAGUCAGCCUGCUUUUUAUGUUUGGUGACAAGAAUUUUUUAUGUGAUCUGUCUGUUAAUAUGUUUAGUAUCUGGAAACUGCUCAAGUAUAUUAUUUUAAGUCUAUAUGCUGGGGAGGGGGGAAGGAAACUAGAUGAGGAAGUGUUCUUGUAGCAUGAAAAGAAACAACCUAAAUAAGACUAGGGAUGGUUAUGAAAGAGGAUGCUGAAUUCUUGCAUGCCCUACAAACACCUACGUCAUUUAAUCUGUUUAUAGAUAGUCUUCAUCCAAAGAUCUGAGAGUACUUUACAAUACCAGUCAGUUCUUGCAGGAUCCUACUUGGGAAGUGAUGUCUUACCACAGCUGCAUACAGGAGGUUUCACAGGCUGAGGUUAAUUGCCCAGUGUCGCACAGUGGCCAGUGGCAAUGCCAAAAAUAAAUACAGUUAAGUCUGCUGCUCGGAUAAAAAUGUAACAAGAAGCAAGGAGCACAAUGUCUAUGCUGAAGGAUGUACGUACUGUAUAGAGCUACCUUUACCAGUGCCCAUCAGACAGACCAGCAUGGACAGUUUGAAUUAUAUCACAAUAAACAACUCCUUUUUUUUUGUAGUUUUUCUUCAGACACUAUGACACAGCAGCUACAGUUCUGCAGGUGGAUGCUCAAGCCCACAAUGCUGUCCUCCAACAUGGAGAUGCCUGAUCGCAGAUGCUGGCAGAAGGACUGAGCCUGUAAGGCAGCAUCCUCUAGGAAAGGCAGUGAUAAACCCACAAUAAAUCACACUGGGGUGUUUGUUGCCAGGAGAUCUGUCUUCACUAACCUAAUAAUACUAGAUGAUGAAAGUAGCCUCAUUACGUGCAGUAUUGUUUAUAUAACAAAUGACAGACCAUUUCUUUUGUCUGAAAUACGUGCCCUCUCCUCAUAGUUAAUAAGUUUAAAUGCAAACAUGCUGUCUCAGCAAAUCUCUCCCUAGAGUACUACUUUUGCAUUUCUUACUAGUAAAUGCUUUAUAGCUAUCACAUCCAUCUGCCCAUUCGAAACAUUGCCAAUAAAAUAAUGGCAAUUAGAAGCAAAUGCUGGUGUAUUUUGUACACAUCAACCAGCAGUGGUCGUUUAAUACUGUGUUACUGCCAUAUGUAUGCUUGAAGCACGGAUCAAGUAAUCUUCACAUCCAUAGCCACAAACAAAGCUCUGUGACCUGAAAGGUGAGUCUGUCGAAGAAAAGGUGAAGCUACCACCAGAAUGUAUGCUCCCUGAUCUCUUUUGUGUUCCUUCCUCAUCAUUAAUGUGGCUCUCACGGAAAGGCAGCGAGGUAGUACAAAGGAACUGUCUGUGCAACACAUUCCCUUUUCAUCAACUCAACAGAAGCUGCUUGUGUAAAGAUGAACAGGGAAUGAUGCCAACCAGAAGCCAUAAAGUAGCAAGGUAACUCCACAUCUUGCAGCCUUUCAUUGGUGUAACACUUACUGUAAAGGUCAGUGUUUAAUACAUUGAUUGCUGGGCAAGUGCUGCACUGUAAUACAUAACCUCCUGACAUGAAAUCUGCCUUUUGUAUGUACUGUAGGAUGGGCUAUGAAUAUGUGUUAUCACAGUCUGUUCUGUGACACAGCAUACAAGGAGGCUCCAGCAGUUUACCUGAGCUGUCAACCUGAGGAGCAUUACAGAAGAAACAUUAGUUAAAGUGAGUACGUGUGCGUCUGUCUUCCAAACAGACUGUUAAAUGCAACUUAGAUUAUCCUGAUCGCUGACUUAAACAGUACUACUCAGUUAACAUUACUGUGACAUCAGUGUUUAUCUUUGAAGGUGUGUUUAUCUGGAGAAAUGUGUACUUACUCUCUUGAGUAACUAGAAUGAAGUAAGGAGCAGAACAAGAGACAAUUACUGUAAAAGCUGUAAGAGAUAUUUCGCUUCAUGGUUAUAUCAGAUAAAUACAUUUAAAUAUGACAUCUAUUUCACUAUAGAACAGCCCUAAUGAUACAUUGUAGGUAUCUGGUGGAAGAGUGAUAGAGCACUGUAGAACUGGACAGUUUCCCACACCUUUUAUUUUUUUUUCUUUUCAGAUCCUUUCUAAUUGGUGAAGAAAAUGAUCACAAAUUUCCCAUAUACAUAAGACAUGAAAGUCUAUUAAAGUAUCUAUCUAUUGAAGCUUUUCAUUAUUAUUACUAUUAUUUUUUUCUGGGAACAUAGAUAGUAGUGGAAUAUUCAAAAGGAUCUGACCCCACAAGUAGAACAUACUUUAAAUGUGGGGACUUAAAACCGGUCUUCCUAUGAGUUGCAUCCUUUAAUUUCUGAGCUCUCUAAUGGUAUGGUAUAUUUAUCAUGCCGCCUAGAGAAGUUUCCAUAAUGAACUAAUUAAGUUUCAAAUACACAGGCAGUAACUUUACCAAACUGAGAGUUUAAUAAAGUAAGUCUACACAAAAUUUAAAUUCUACCAUAGCUAAUUUAAUUGUUCCACUAUACUGCAUAAUUGAAAUAGCAUUUGUGAACUGAUUUAAAGUUUCACUGCAUUUGAAUUAGAUAAUAAAGAAAUCCAACAUGCAGGUAUAUGCACACUGAAGCCAAGUCUGCUGAAAGGUUUCAUCUGGCUUUAAUUUGCUGUUCUUCCCACAACAGUCUCUAAAUACCACACAGUUUUGGGAGCAUCAGUCAGUGUGAAAAUCAUGCCAAGAGACCCCAGUGUCCUGGCAAACUGCUGGACCAGGAGUUCAUCAUGACAUUGGUGCUGAGCUCCAAAGGGAUGUAAGUCACCAUAUUAAACUGUUUUUGCUUAUACAAGAGAAUUGCUAGACAAGCACCACUUUGGGAAAAAAGGGGAAAAAAAAGUAAUCAACUGAUUUGAAAACCGCUUAGAACAGCAAAAGAGUCUGAAUUGUGUACUAUACUAUUUUGACAGCAUUCCCAUGCGGAUGGGAAAUCCAAGAGGAACAGCAGGACAUGCACUGCAGUCCUAUGGACCUGCAGUGUCUGUCUUAUUCCCUGCCCCUCGUGUAUUUUGCAUGCGUUCUGUAGGAACUGUGGCUAGAGCAAUUGUCAGCAAUGUGGAAAACAAAAUUACAGUGUGUUAUUUUCCUGUCCAGCACAUGAAUAAAAUGCCUGUAUACCAGGCUUUAGAUGUUUUUAAAUAUCUCCUAAUAACUGAACUAAGAGUUUUCUGGCAGGCAUUGUCAGAAUAUAUGUAUAUGAGGGUGUAAAAGCAUUUGUUGUGACAUCUGUAUUUGGAGGACAGUAUUUUAUAGUGCUAACAGCAUCUCAGCUUGAAUCCAGAAAUCUUUGCUCACUCUGGUACUGGUAGUCCCAUUUAACAAGGAGAAUGUCUCUUUCUUACCUGCAGAAUGUCAUGCUGCAGAUCAAAUAAAGGCACUUUAAGAAGCGAGAGAAGAACUGCAUACGUAAGAGAAAACUGAGAGACAGCAAAAUGAAAGGGGAAAAAUGUUAACAGUCUAGCAUGCUUGGUCAGACCAUGGUGAGUAGAACUGUCAGUCUUCAGCCAUCUCUGGGACAAGCAUAAACAGAAAGAAAAUACAAGGUUGGCCACCUCUGGUGUACAGCAGUUCAGUCCUAACUCUGCUCACAGCAUCACAGUUACUACGACGUACAGACUACUUUCUUUGGCAUCUAGAUAGAUUGAAAUGCCACCCAGAUCAUAAAAGAGAAGUGUACCAGUGACUAAUAAUACCACAAUAUAAACAUGAUCUCUCCAAAAUAUUUGAUAGCUACAUUGGAAUACGUUAUGUCACGGCAUACCUACAAAGCACAGAAACCAGUAUUGCUGGCAGAGUACCCUCCCGUGGUCCCAGGGGGGAGCCCAGCCUUCCCUCUGGGUUUCUCAGUGCUGGUGGUGGACACUAAGACACCUUUUCCUCACCUGUUGAGCUCUGUCGAGGUGACAAACUCCCUGUCUCCUAUCCUCUGUUGCUUUAGUGUCCCCUUCUCCUCACACGAGGCUCAUCGCCUCUCUGCCAAGAGUCUGUGGCAGCUUCAAGCACAUCCAGGCUGCUGAACGCCCCCUCCAGCUCCAUUCUAAUUACUAGAUUCUACCUAGUUAUUUAAAUGAAUUUAACUUUUAAAUUGGCUUACAAAUAUGGGUGUAGUAUAAAAUGAUGCAUAUAUGGAAUAAGUCCCGUAAGAUGUUUUUUUUGUUAGCUUCUGAAAUAUAACAGGAUCUAUAUUGCUGAGACCCUUGCUUUUUAGGGAAAUACUCAUGCCAUCUGCUGGGAAGUUAUGGGAUUCUGCAAGUAAUUUUUCAGUAGCAUUUUUUCCUUUUUUUUUUUUUUUUUUUUUUUAAGUGUUAAAUUCUUGCACUUUUUUUUUGGUAAAGAUCUUUGGGUAAAUGUAAUAUAACUCAAAGGCACUUAUGUCAGGAGGUCUGACAACUGAUAGCACCUUUUUGUAUGCUAAGAAAGUAUGAAACAAUUUUCUGGCAUAAUUUGGUACUGUUUAUGUGAGCUUAACUCUUUCAAGGCAUACACCAUCUGAGUUUAAUUUAGUUUUCACUUGGAUGUGCAAAAUUAAUAAAUGUUUUCUGAAAUGGCAAAGUUAACAUAGUUGCACUCCAGUUCUCUGACUUGUAGCAUGAGAAUAACAAGCAGCUGCUGUGGCAUUUCUGGUGGACAUUCUGGGUGUUGGAGUAACAUGAGUACCACAUAAACAUAUCCAAUGAAACCACUAGUUACAGAACUAGUGCUAGGAUCAGAAUGAGUAUGGUCUUUUACUAAAAAGAUGUUGAAUGAACAGAGGCAGCAGAGCUUAAUAGCCCGUAGAAAAAAUAGUCUCCUGUCAAACAGUUAUUAUAAGACAUAAUGAGAUUAAUCAAAAUCAUAAUCAAUUUUAAUUUAAGUAUUUUGUUAGCAUUUCCUUCUCUUUAUAGCUUUUUGAAGUUUUGUUGAUUUGUUUUGAUUGAGUAAAUAUGUACGUUUUUUUUGUUGUUGUUAGUGCGGUGUAAUGUGAAUGACAGUCAGACUGAGCUGCAGCAUUUCACAUGAGUUCAGUUCAAAGUCUAUACAGCCAGCUUCGAUUUUUCAGCACCCUCUAGAGUAAGAAGGAAGCUGUGACAGCCUUUGCCUCCAUCUCAGGCAGCUGAGGAACUCUAUUUUCCCUUUGUGUUGGAGUUCCUGAUACUCUAACCAUUUAAAAAAUAAUUAUGAAAGUAUUGGAAAGAACAAAUAUUUAAAUGUUUUAUAUUAUUAAAUAAAUGAUAUUAUUAUUAGAACAGUCUUAAAAAUGCUUUCACAUGGAAAUUGUACUUCGGGAAAAAAAGCCAACCAAAUAAAACUUUUCACCCAGCACCAAGUGAUAAUAUUCAUAUCAAAGUGUAACUUCACAGGGCUGUGACUGAUAUUUUAUCUUCUGUAACUGCAGAAGGAGUACCAAAAAGAAGUGCUAGAAGUAAGAAGUUCAAGUCCCUGCCAGCUAGACCAUCAUCAGUACGUGGGGACGUGUCAGUUCCUGCAGCAUCCACCACAGUGAUGCCUAAUGACCCUCUUUCUUCCCUUUACAAUUUAUCUUUUUGACGAGUGUUUUUCCUCUAGGAUCCUUGAGCUGCUCCUUAAUAUCAAUAAUCUCACUUCUGUCUAUAAUUUUACAUUAAUUAUUUUCCACAAGUACACUCUAUAAGCUUUCUGAGAGCUCUUACUGAAAAUUUGGAAAUUUCAAAUUCAGAGCCAAAUAUAUGCAGCUGGUCUGUCUCAAAACCAGCCCUGUGUUCCAUGGGAUGAGAGUAGCAUGCACUGAGAGCCCACCGCUGCCUUCCAGCAAUUUCCAGCCUUUGCUUGGCCUCUGUGCUUCCACAGAGCCCCGUGCCACUGACUCCCUUGCUGAGCUUGAGCAGGUUCUGUUGUGCAGCUGCUGCUGAAAGGAAACACCACCUCAGCAGGUCUGUUUGCUUCCACAGAUGUGUAAUUGAGGCACUCUCCCUGAUGCUGGUGGCAAAACAUGCUAGGAUUUGGCUUCAGCAAGGAUGCAAAAACAGCAAUGCAUCAAUAACUCCUGUCAGGAAGCUAAGGACUGCAGAAGUUGCUGUCUUCUCAUUCUAAGACUUUAAUUUUGGUUUCCAAACAGUGGUGUUAAACUGCAGAGGAAAGGACAAGCAUUUCCCUAUCAGUUUACGUUGGUAAUUCAUUAUUCAUGAUGCAGAACUAGAGAGCUUAGCUGAAGGUCUUUGGGAUAGGUUUUCAGCAACACAUCUAGAAGCUGGAUAGUUAAUAUGCUUUCAAGUCUUUCCAAGUAAAAUAUAAUCUGCUUAAAAAAAAAAAAAAAAAGUUUGCCUUUUUUUUAAAAUAUUAAUUUGUUUCAAAGAACAUUGUAAAGAGAAACUGAAGAUGGGUUUGAGGUCUGGAAGUUACACUUGAUGCAGAGGGUUUUAUUAUUACCAUCGCUAAUGUUGUAAUAUGUUUGCUGCUGCAACCAAAAACUUUGUUAAACAGGUUGGUGAUGGAGGAAGGCUAGUUCCAGUGCCCAGUCUCAGUGAAGCUGAUAAAUACCAGCCUCUGAGCCUUGUGAUUAAGAAAAGAAAGUGUUUGCUUUCAAAAAAAUCUAAAUUUGCAUCAACACCUUUCACAUUAAAAGACAUUCUUCAAGGGGAGAAAGAAAUUUCUGCAGGUGUCUCAUCUUACCAGUUGCUCAAUUAUGAAGACAAAUCGGAUGUUACGCUCAAUGGUAGAAGAGGAAAUCAGAUAAUGAAUGAUGUUGGUUUUGAUGUUGCUGGAUCAGAUUCUGUUGCCUUUAAAGCUUCAUUUGGCAUAGUGACCAAACAUGAGGUUGAAGUACCGACAUUACUUAAAGAACUCACUACAAGAAAAAUAAACUUUGAUCACUGUCUAGUACAUCAAUCAAGAAAAAGUAGGAUGGAGAUUUUGUGCGUGGUCAUGGAAAGUAUUAGGACUACAAGGCAGUGCUCAUUAACUGUCCAUACUGGAAUGCGUGGAGAAACAAUGAGGUUUCACAUUAUUGAAGACCAAAAUUAUAAAGGACGGGACAAAGCCAUUGUUUUUCCUGCGCAUACAACAAUUGCUUUUAGUGUAUUUGAGCUUUAUAUUCAUUUGGAUGGUAAUUUUGAACUAUGUGUGACUCCAAUUUCAAAAGGAGGAUUUGAAAAAGAGAAAUCCAGAUCAUCUUCAAUGAACAAAUUAAGGAUGUUAAAGAGUAAUCUCUUUCAUCGAAAUAAAAGAGUAGUGGAUACUAUCGCUAACUCUGAUGUUUACUUGGAGGACCUUUUUACAGACUAUUAUGAAAAAGCUGCAAGCCUGACCAAUCUCUCUACAAGCUAUCUCAGAGAAGGGGCUCAUAUCCGGAUUAAUUUACUUCAUAAUAACAUCCCAAAAGGUCCCUGCGUCCUUUGUGGAAUGGGAAGUUCUAAAAGAGAGACAGUCUAUGGAUGCCUAGAGUGUUCUUUUAAUGGACAAAAGUAUGUACGACUGCAUGCUGUGCCCUGUUUCGACCUCUGGCAUAAGAGAGUAAAGUAACUGAUAUGGUAAGUGCCUAUUGCAGACAUGGGCAUAAAUAACUGUGCCACAAACUUUUCAGAAUUAGUAAAUGUGACUCAUUUUGUUUAAAUGCAAAAUAGUGAAAGUGCAAAACUUUUUAUAACACUAUUAUUUUCAAAUGAUUUGCUUCACAAUGAUCUUAAUUACUUGAAAAUGUCCUAAUGCAUUCCCUGACAUUUUGCUUUUCUUUUUCUAGUACCUUCUCGUUGUAUUAUCAUAAUUAAAAAUGUACUUUUAAACUGUAUUUUCAUAAUGUCAAAAUAUAUGCUAGAACCUACCUAUAAAUAAGUUGUUUACAUAAAUUUGUUGUUAAACCCCAAAAUGUUGACUUUAUCUACACCGACAUAGAAUGGUAAAAUGAGAGUAUUUGUUAAUAAUUUAGUGUUCUCAUGAAUGUUUAAUUGAAGUAUCAGAUUAAAAAACAUGCUAAAGCUUA